AAUCUUACCUUGAACUUGGUCGGGAGCAGAUCGCAGUAGAGCCAACCAGAGCCAAAGCCAAAGCCAACUAGCAACAUUCGUUACAAAAUUCGUGCGGUUCGAUUUCGGGUUUCGAAAAUGGAACAAAGCGCCGUUGUUCUCGUGCGUGUCGAUAAGUGUAUAUAAAUCAAGUGUGUUGACUCUGCCUUCUGGUUCCACCUAACGGUGCAAGUGUAUAAACAAUCAUAUAUAUUCAAUAUAUAAUCCAAGAGAGGAGAGCCAUCUGCCAUCUGCCAGCGAAAUGGACUGGCAGCCUUAUGUUAUAGCAGGCCUGAUCUGCCUGCUCCUGCCAUCGCAGAUUUCCUUAUCCGAAGCCUGGAGUCUGCCAGCCCGCCACUUAGUAAGCCUGGCCGUAACGCCCGCCCCCGUUGGCCGCCGAUUAAAUGAGGUGUCCCCCUAUCUGGACCUGGCCUUGUGCCCCCUCCGAGCGGAGCCCUGGACCUGUGCCCGCCAGCAGUCCGGGAGGAUCCUCGACGCCUGGGACGGAGAGCUCCACCUCCAGUGGCAGAAACUAAAGGUCGAGGCCGAUCGGCAGAUGAACGCGACGAUCGAGAGACGCGGCUACAGCACCUCGGAGUUGCCAGUGAAGGAGAAGCCGUCUUCCAUCCUCAAGAAAAUUGAAAUCGGCACGAAUUAUAUGAAGAAAUACCUGGCCGAGUCGAUGGAUGGUUUCCUGGGGCGCGAAUACGAGUAUCUGCAGACGCCGACACCGAAAGCUGCGGACGACGAUAGUGAAACCGAUCAGAGUGGAAACAGCGUGGAAGACGAGGAUGAGGCGGAUGCCGCCGAGGCAGAAGAUGAAAGCGACGCGGCCGAGGAGGAGAACGCGGAUGAGGGCGACGAGGAUGCCAACAAUGAGGAGGAGGAGGACGACGACGACGACCAGGAGGACGAGGAGGACGACGACUCGGACAGCACCGCAGAGCAGGAUCAGGAUCAGGAAACUGAAAGUGAAAAGGAACCACAAGCGGAGAAUGAAGACGAGGACGUGGAUGAGGCGGUUUCGGCUCCCGAAAGUGAAAAUGAAAAGGAAAGCACGCCAAGUGUCUUCAGUGGUUCGCCAGCUGCGCAGCCGCAAAGUGGUGGGAAAAACCCUGGAUUUCCCGAGGAAAACACUUCGAAUGGUGUAGAGUUCAUCGAACUGGAGGACGCCGAGGAGAAUGCGGCGGGUGCCGUGAAGAAACCAGGUGGAGGCGGUGGGAGUGGCAAGCGGAAGAAGAACAAGAAGGGCGGCAAGCGCAAGAAGAACAAGAAGAAGGGUCAAGGGCACGAGACGCAACCUGCCACGUUGGUGGUGGUUCAGGCGGCCCCGGAGCACCACGAAGUGGACUCGGGACAUGAAGGCGUCUCCUCGGUGGUGAGCCACGACGUGGAUGACGACGAGCCGGUGGGAAAGCCGAUGAAGAAGCGGAAGCAGAAGCUGAACCGCCGCAUGAAGGGCAAGCGGAAGCGGAAGGGUCAGCACGGCGGAUCCACGACGGCGGUGGAGCACGAGCAGAGCGACCUGAGCUUGGGACUGGGGCUCCUCGACGAGCUGGCCGAUGCCGAUGACGUGUUGUCCGGAGUCGGCGGUGGAAAGCGCAAGCACAGGAACCCCCUUAAUUAUGGUAGAAGUAACGGAGUGACCCGUGGCAAGAAGAAGAAGAAGAAGAAGGCCCUGGCCAAGUUCAUAAUGAUCGGCAGCUUCCUGAAGGCCAAGAUCGAGCUGCUGCUGAAGAUCCUGGGAGCCCAUCUGCAGGUCAAGUUCUUUGCCAUAGCCCUAAUCGGCCUGCUGAUCAAUAUAGCCCGAUUCUGGAUCGACGUGAAGCGGGGCAGUCCGCCCUCGAAGGUUGUAUACGUUGAACAUGCCCACCAUCAGCACCACUACGAGGACCACGGCGAGGACUGGAGCGAGCCGGGCAGCUACUGGAAGCGCUCCCUGCAGACGGACCCCUCCGUCGAGGACGUCGACUCCUCCACGGACAGCUACCAGGUGCGCCAGUCGCAGUCGCAGUCGCAGCAGUCGCAGUUCCAGGACCCCCACUACCUGGCCUACCGCAACCAGUGGCAGUAGAUCCCCCCCAAAAAACCACACAAUCCCCCAACCCAACAACCCCCCACCACCUGAACUCUGACCUCCAAUGGAGACAUAUUUAUUGUACUUACUUCGAUUUACUUCGUACUACGACGACGAUGCUGAUGCUGAUUAUUAAAUAAUCCCCGAAGCCCUAGCGCAAAAUUAAUUUUAGCACAAUGAGAAUGCCAGUAAACCAAUUUUAGCUGUAACCCUUAGCCCCGUUAGUGCAAUGCCUUAACUGUAAUCUAAAUCUAAAUUUUAAACUUACCUGUAACGAGAAAUCGAGAACUGUUUCGGAUACAUUCGCAGCGAUUAAAAAACAAACUAGGCUUAAGUUAUUUAUGCAAAUUAUUUAUUGUACUCUUAUGUUAUAUGAUGCUUAUUAAAGAAACAGAUUUGAUAGUUGA